AUGGCACGUACAGUGGAAGUGACGCCGUACGAAUAUCCCAAUGACAAGCCGUCGUACAAGAAGUCGGAAUUUCAACAAUUGUUGAAAAUAUUGAACACAUACAAAACCAACAUAGCCGUAGGGUUGAUAACAAUCAUCACGUUGCUCUCGACGAUAAGACUUAUAUUGUUUAGACCAACAACCUACUAUACCCCUGACUUCAGCCGUUUACCUAACGUUCAGUAUUUUGACUUGGACCAUUACACUGGGAGCCCAGAUGGUUGGCAGAGAGACGAGAGGGUCUUGUUCUGUGUUCCCUUGAGAGACGCCGCUGCCCACUUGCCAAUGUUUUUUGGACACAUGAGAAACGUCACGUAUCCACACAACCUUAUUGACUUGGCAUUCUUGGUUAGUGAUUCCUCAGACGACACUAUGGGCUCGUUGGAGGCCCACCUCAAGGCCAUUCAGUCCGAUCCAGACGUGUCCAUGAGGUUCGGCGAGAUUGAAAUCUACGAGAAAGAUUUUGGUCAAGUUAUCGGACAGGGGUUCAGUGAUAGACACGGGUUCGCUGCUCAGGGCCCCAGAAGAAAAUUAAUGGCUAGAGCUAGAAACUGGCUUUGGUCGGUGGCCAUAAAGCCUUACCAUUCGUUUGUAUACUGGAGAGAUGCUGAUGUAGAAACUGUACCUCCUACGAUUUUAGAAGACUUGAUGCAUCACGACAAGGAUGUCAUUGUACCCAACGUUUGGAGACCUCUCCCAGAUUGGUUAGGAAACCAGCAACCGUACGAUUUAAACUCAUGGCAAGAAUCUGAUGGGGGAUUACAAUUAGCUGAAGGUUUGGAUGAAGAUGCAUGUAUUGUAGAAGGUUACGUGGAAUAUCAAACGUGGAGACCGCAUUUGGCCUACUUGAGAGACCCCUAUGGUGACCCAGAAGUCGAAAUGGAUUUGGAUGGUAUUGGAGGUGUUUCCAUUUUGACCAAGGCUAGGGUUUUCAGAACGGGUUCACAUUUCCCAGCAUUCUCCUUUGAGAAGCACGCAGAAACUGAAGCAUUUGGAAAAUUGUCCAAGAGAAUGGGCUACUCGGUGGUUGGUUUACCGCAUUACGUCAUCUGGCACAUUUAUGAACCAUCUUCGGAUGAUUUGAAGCAUAUGGAAUGGAUGGCAUUGGAAGAGGUGAAACAAAAGGAAGAGGCUAAGAUUAGAAAAGUCUAUGACAAGGUAUGGGGAGAAGCGUUCGAUGACGUUCAAAUUGCAUGGAAGAAGGAGAGAGAUGAUUUCUUGAAGAAUACCGAUAUGACGGCGUUGAGAAAGAUUGAAGUUGAUUGGAGUGAUGCUGAUGGGUUUGACAUUGAUGCCAAUAAGAAAGAUGAGCACAUUGCAGAUUUCAAUCCUUAA